GGGCUGCUGCGUACACCUGUUCUCGCCGUCUCACCUGCUACCUUACAGAUGCUCCCCCGCAGCUGGUUGCGUGGCGACUCGGGUCAUGCUGGGCCGUGUUAGAGGAACUCCAAUUCCCUCAAUUCUCGGCGCAGGAACAAAAAGCCUCCCCCUCCCCCCCCUUCUUCCUCCCCCAACUCCGAUAAGGCGGAAGUCGGAUCGUAUGUGCUGACGUCACGCGCGGUCGGCAAAAGUAAGCCGCGCCAUGUCCCGCAAGAGAGCGCGGGAGGCCGACCCCGACGACGACCACUGGGACGAAGAGCUGCACGACCCCGCCGCUGGGCAGCAGUUCUGUCCCCUGUCACAGGUUCGGACGCUGUUUGUCAGCGGUCUACCAAUGGACGCGAAGCCCAGAGAACUGUACCUUCUCUUCAGAGCUUAUGAGGGUUACGAAGGAUCACUCCUCAAGGUGACCAGUAAGAACGGCAAAACAGCCUCGCCGGUGGGGUUCGUCACGUUCAGCACGCGGGCAGGAGCCGAGGCUGCUAAACAGGAUUUACAGCAGGGCGUGCGCUUUGACCCGGACAUGCCGCAGACCAUCCGACUCGAGUUUGCUAAAAGUAACACCAAAGUUAGCAAGCCAAAGCAGCAGUCACCCCCGGCGGCGGCUCCACACCCCACUCUCGUGCACCCCUUCACCGGACUAGAGCUGAACCCUGCGUUCUUUCCGGGCGCCCCCGACGUGUGGCCGCCCCACCCCUUGGCCUACACAGCAGAGUUGCCGGGCGCUGCAGCUGCCGCGGCCGCAGGUCUCCAGCACCACCCCGCCCUCUUCCCCGCCCUCCACGCCCAAGUCCCACAGUCUCAUUUCCUGUUGCAGCCUCCUUUAGCCUUGACCCACGCCCCAAUGGUGUCCCACGCUGGAGGGGUGGUGAUGCCGUCUCCCGCACUGGCCUCACCUGCUGGUUCUCCCCAUUCAGCCCAACCAGCACCCCCCCAACACCCCGCCGCACCACACAACCCUCCCUGCUCUACACUCUUCAUCGCAAACCUUGGCCCAAAUGUCGCCGAGCAUGAACUCAAGGAUAUCUUCUCUAGCUUCCCUGGCUAUGUUCGCCUGCGCAUGCACACUAAGGGAGGCACUCCUGUUGCCUUUGUCGAGUUCUCUGAUGUGAGGUUUGCCAGCACGGCCCUCACUUCACUGCAGGGCUUUGUCUUGGUGUCCUCAGAUCGUGGCGGAAUCCGCAUCGAGUACGCCAAGAAUAAAAUGGGCGAGGGACACAAGACUGAAGUUGAUGGAACCCAGGCCUGCAGCCCACAUGGAGCGCCUGGCAUCAUAACUGUUCUGGCUUAGGGAACCACAAAGAAACCAGAGGGGGAUGAAUCCAAGAAGAAAUUAUCUUUAAAGGAGUCAGGAAGCAUGAUUCACGAGUUUAAAACAAACAUUUAAAAAACAGUAAACUUAUAAUUUUCAGGUUUUCACAAAGUAAAGAUUCAAAUUCUAUGUGGCUGUAGGCCGUGCACUGUGAUCAACAAUUUAAUAAUACAGACUGGAGUAUGUUGUUAGUGUGCUAUCAGGAGGAAAAAGGAAAAAGGAUUUUCUAUCAUAAGACAAAAAUUUAAUAAAUUUUUACUUGUCCUUGUUGACUUUUAAAAUGUUAGCAAGAGAUAUUCAUAGAUGGGAUUAGUUGAAAAAAUUAAGCAGUUUUGAGAGAGAAUGCUUGGAUUUGGCUGCAUGCAUCUGAAAAUUUGGAGAAAAUUUGUUGGUUAUUCUAUGCUUCAGUUUUAAGUUUAAUGGAAGGCAAGGUUUGCUAUGGACCUCCCACUUUUUCAGAAACAAAGUGAAGUUAAGGGUGAAGAUGUUUCAAGUCUAACCUUAUCAACACUGCUCUUUCACAACAAACCCAGUUUAAAUAGAGAUAUUUAGAAGAUUUAAUAAGCUUAUCAUGCCUUGUGCUUGCUGUAACCUGAAGGGAGAGUUGUGCAUGUCAGAUGUCACCAAAUCCUAAGGGGUGUUGUGGACAUCAAACCCCGGGCAUUGACAGUACAGUAGUGUUCUCAUUGACAAAGAAGGAAUCUCAGGCCCGUCAAGGAGAAUCCAAAUCCUUAUCCAUUGUUCCUUUUAUGUACCAAAGAAUUCUAGUUCAUCUAGGAAUCUAUACCAAAGCAAAGAAUGAGCUGCUCACAUGAUGAGGUAACAGCAAGCAUGGGCAUGCAGUAGAUUAGGAGAAAAUAUUUUUUGAGUCUAUGAUAAGCCAGAUACAAGAUGUGCUUCUGUAGUAAGUCCUGGCAAGCAUUUGGGAGUGCUGAUGAUAAUGGAGCUUUUCACUUUAACAUGAAAACAAGGUGCUCAUAUCAUAUUUACUGCUGCACCUUGAAUUUUUAUGUUUACCAGUGUUUGAAAUGUAUAGUUUUAAUUUGCAUAUCAUCCUAAAAAAUAUCUUUGGUGUGUCAGUUGAUAUGGAGCUAUGUUUAUUGAUAGCAAUAAACCUUUAAUUAAUGAAAUAAUGUAUAACAUGUGAUUGUGUGCCACUUCUGAUGGCAGCUGAUUGGUUUAAAUGGCAGUGUGUGGCAAAGAUGCCACUGUAAGGUUAGCAGUCCCAUAGAAUGACUGUGGCACACCCUCAUGUUGUUAUUUGUAUAUAGUAAUACACUAUUCUGCUACAGUGUUAGAAAAUAUUGAUUGUCCAUAUUUUUUGCCUCUAUAUUCCGUUCCAAUACCCCAGUCUUGGUUGUUGAUGUUGAAACCAUAAUAUGUAUGAAGUACAUACCAGCCAGAAGAGGCUGACUGUUUGACCAGGACUUGCCCUGCUAGACUAAGUCUAAAAUUAAGAACAGGUACAUAUCAUUUUACCAUUGGAAAUAUCCUGUUUACAAUAUUGUUCUUUAUUAGAUGCCUGUAUGAAACUUUACAGACAAUGUUAUGUUGUACCGUAAUACCUGAGGUGAAGCUUGUGGUGUGUGAAGAUUCUUGAUGUUAUUGUAGGGCAAGUCCAUAUUACUGUCUCAGUUGCUGAAUGUGGUAUAUAAUAUACAUAUCUGUUUUGUCAUAUUGUAGUAUGUAUUCAGUGUUUGUUAGGAGGCAUACACGUUUCUCAUUAACUUUACCAUAAUUGAGUUUGUGAUGUCCUAUUACAGGAUUUUGAAUUUUAAAAAAUAAUUAGGAUGGGUGUUAAGCUUUAAGUGAUGAACCUGUGUGCCCCCGUAUGUAGGCCAGGGCACACCAAACAACAAGCUGUUGCUUUUUCAUGCCCCGUGUCCUGUCUGCUGAAUGAACCCCAGUGGUUAUAUACCCUCAAGCUUUGUGGGUUAUUUUUCAAGUCUGAACUGAGGAGAUGCAGAAAAGGUAUUGGUAUGACCACUGCAGAAACAAGUAGCCUGUCCAGGAGUCUGUCAUACUCAUAACAUCACUUGUUACACAUUCGAUCAUAAUAGUUUUAAAACAUAGCAAGAAGAGUCUGCCAUUCUCAAAAUUACAAAGAUGCAAUUUCUUGUUAAAUUUCUGUUCCCUGGGCAGGCACUUCUUUUUGGCAGAAGACAGGAGGUCUCUGCUCAAGGUUGUAAAACUAAAAACAUAAAAAAAAGAAAAUGAAAAAAAAACUAAAAAAAUUUUAAAAAACUAAAAAAAAAAAAAAGAUAAAAAUAAAAACUACGAGUAAGGCAGCCCUGACUCUUGUGCUCAGUACCCACUGUGAUCUUACAGGUAACUUGGUGUCCUUCUGCUGCCUUGUGAGGAAAUGCCUACCUUCUGCACAUAACUAUGUACAUGGUCCCCAGCUUAGACUUGAAACUCACAGCUUGAUACUUCUCCGUCCAUUUUGAAAACUGUAGCUGUUAUGAGCUCAACAGGUGAUGUUCUUUUAGUACAUAUCAGUAGGCAAGUAGAUUUCAGGUGAGAAGGCGUUACAAUGAUGUCUAUAGCGAGAUGAAACAUUUCAGUGGUGUAUAUGAUUAGGACCCUUUAUGCUGUAGUUAUCUCUUGCUGUGUGGUAUAUACAUAUAAUUUUCAUUAUUUCAUUAUUAUUGUUAACAUUAAUAUUAUAAUUAUUAUCAUUAUCAUUAUCAUUACUGAUUUUUUUAUUUUUUAUUAUGGAAUCUUCUCAUCUGAAACGCUGGCCAGUCGGCUUUUCUAGAGGGCCCUUAUAUACAUAUUCUAUUAGAAGGUAAUGUAAAGAAUAUGUGUAACAAAGUCAGUGAUCAUUCCUUUCUUAGGUUAAAGUUAUUCUUACUGCAUAAUUGAUUAAGUGCCCUUUCUAGAAUUGUCCAAUAUUCUAUGCCUUACAACAAGAUAACGAAGCCAUUUUCUAAGGAUUAUUAUGUUAGUAGUUUCUGCAUAUUAAAGAACAAUCUAUUGGUUUUUGAAGAUUAUUUCCAUAUGUCAUUUUCAUCCAGUGUAUGGACAAUACUUGUGUUCUAGUAAAGGUUGGAUUUAAGAGCAUUGGUCAAGUAUAUUUGUAUUGCCAUGCUAUGUAUUUUUUUUCUUCUUCUCUAAAAGUGAACAAAACUGAUGGUUUGUUGCCAGUCUUUAUUUUAAUUAGGAAUAUUUUCUAUUGUUUUGUUUUAUUUUGACAUGCAGGUCAGUAGCUUUGCUGCAUUUUGUCGUUUUCCCUACAUAAUUGCCUAUUAUGUGUGUUGUAGAGACAAGUGACCUUUAAAUUGAACACUUUGCCAGCACAUGUCCACCAUCUCAAGCAAGGACAUAAAGGCUAGGUUGUGGGCACUCCCUUAGCUCAAGCCCCUAGCAAUGGAGAAAAGAAUUCCAUACUUCAAAUGUGUAAUACUAUAUUUUGUUUACCUCCUUUUUUGGUGAUUUAUCAAGGUCAAAAAGUAAAAAAGAGAGUUGUGCCUGUAAGGUUUUCAUUUUUGUAUAUUUUUGGGUUUGUUUGUUUUUUAGAUAUAUUUAUAAUCAUGAUCAUUGGUCAUGCAAUACAGGUUUUGUAUGCUGUUCUUGAACUGGUUGCCUAGCAAUAAGAUUGGUAGGUUUUGUGGGGUAGCCUGCAGCCCAGCCUAGACUGUCCUGUACCCAAACACACUAGUGGCCGUGUGUUGGCAAAGUAAUUCUAUCAGCAGACUAGGCUGUAGAAAACCCCCUGGCAGAAGUAAAAAAAGAAAUUAGGAAAAAAUUAUUUCAUUCCUUUUCAAAUUAAAAAGAAAUUGUAAAAACUUGUAUCAAAAUUAGUACAUAACUAUAUUAGGAAAGAUGAAGAUGAAAAAAAAAUCUUGAUACUUUAGAGUAAAUCCUGCCCUAGUUUGCUGUUCCUGUUACCUCAGCGAGACAAGAACGUUCUGUGGAAAGAGACCGGUUGCUAACUGCCCCUCAUAUCUUUAAAGUUAGUAUUUAGGUGGUUAUCUUUUGUAAGUUACGAAUCUCGGCCUGAUAUUCCUUUUUGUAUGUUAUAUCUACUUAGAGUAAAAUGUCAUUUCUGUGAUUUUGCAAUAUGUAUCUCUGGCAAUGAAUUGAGAUCUAUUAGAGGAUUUUUUUCUGCUCUUCUUUUACUUUUGUUCUUUUAUUGUCUUCUUUCUUUUUUUUUCCUAAUUUUGUAUCUUUAUAUUGAAUCUAAAUUUCAUACCUGAGGUGCUCCAAAAACAUAGAAAAGAAGGAACUAAUUUAGUGUUUGUUUUAUUUUUAAUUUUGUUCAUUUUUUUAUUAUUGGUAUUUUCUUUUUAUAAAUGCAAAAGGUCGAAUGUUUCUGCAGAUCAGAAAUUAAUUAAAACCAAAGGAUGUCUUUUGUUGGGUUAUUAGUUUAAAAGUAAGUCUUAUAUUUAGUUUUAUUUAAAUGUAGGCUAUAAGUCCAGAGAUCUUAUAAAGUAAUAAUAAUUAAUACUAAUAUUAUUUGUUCUUAAGAUGGUAGUUGCAACCAAGUGGAGUACUAGUCAGGUUAACACAUUUUGUUAAGUGCAGUAUGAGGAUACCACUAUGUGUACGACAUUGUCAUUAUAACUAUAUCAUAUCGUGUAUAGGGUCCAAAGGCGGGGAAUAAAACUUAUAGUGAAGA